AUGGCAGAGAUUUUCAGUCUACCCAAUGUGACGGAUCGCAUCUUCAGCUUUAUUGCUGAACGAACGUGCACAUUAUUUUUCUACUUCUCGAGAGCUCCGGGCUAUCAAUCGGAUCAACGGUCUGAACUAUGGCCAUAUAUCCCGGAUUCGGAACAAGAUGGUCUCUACCAUACAUAUUUGCAACGCGUGAUCCGAGCCAUCAAGAGCUUGAUUGUGGAGCAUAUGAGCGACAUUGGAGCUAUUAGCGUCAUCAUUCACAAUGCGUAUGGAGCUGACAACAGACCUGAGCGCUUAGAGAUUCGUCAGCAGGCAAGAGGCCUUCGUCGAUUCAUGCUGGUUGAAGAACUUAUUCAGGGACCUAUUGUGUACGUCCCUGUGAUGUUCGCUAUACCUGCUUUGCCUCAGAUGGUAUGUGCCGCUUCUGUCUGUCAGUGGACGCUGAACUCACGCCAGAUCAACCACAUGGCUUUGAUCGACACUAUGAUGCUUGUUCGAAUGGCGCAGCAAAAAGAGAUGAUCUUUGACUGGAUCCAACGGCCUCUUGAGGACAGAUACCGGCUCUGCGCCAGCCUCAUUGGGUAUAUGGAGCUGAAACGUGUCAAGCACCCUUUGCACUAA